CGCUUUUCCCAACGUGUCUGUUGGAAUAAAUAGAUGCCAAGUCCAGUAACCCACUCUUCUGAGGACACGCUGGAACUCCUCCAGCGGGUCCGUGCAGCAUCUGGAGCUCAGUCUGGGAACCACUGGACUCGCUGGGCUCAGCCUGCAUCCGGCUCCUGCUGCAGAGUCGAAGGCGAACCCCUUUAAAUGCCAUUCGGACAGCGGGUCUCUGGCGUCAUCCCGCCGGCGGUCGGAGAGGAGGACCGUCAGAGCUGAUCUCCCGCCGCAGACCCUCACAUCCACAGAGGGGAUGCGCGGUCCUCCCGAGCGGGGGGAGCCCGAGGUCACACACACGUUCUCAAAGCCGCCGUUCGGACGCACCGAGGCUCCGCGGAGAAGAGAGGAGGGGAGAGGAGAGGAGAGAGGGACACGGAGACCCUCGCCCACCGAUCCUCCGCGCGGUGAUCGCGAGCCGCGAACAACGGUCGCACGCGCAUACCGUGUUCUCCCUGGGUUGCUGCUCAGAAGGUCUGGUCCUCAUCUCUGGCAGUGAAGAGUGAAGAGCACCAUGACCCAGGAGGGGCAAGCUCUGCCCUCUCCCACCCCACCAGAGACCCCAGUGGAGCCCGACGCCCCCACCAGCAGCACCACGGACCCCUCGGCAGGGACACACAGCCAGGUGGAGCAGGACAAGCCGGGGGCGGAGGACACCAUAGAGGAAGGGAAACAAGAAGAGGAGAUCAGAGAGGGAGAGGACGAGGCACAGCGGGAGACGCAGAGGGAAGGAGAGGGGAGGGAGGAGGUAAAGGACGAGGGAGGAGAGGGUGAGUUGAAAGAGGAGAAGGUAGAUGGGGAUCCACGGGCAGAUGGAGGGGCGGAGAGGACGAGUGGGGGAGUGCGCAUGAAUGUGGAGGUGAGCUCGGCGGGGGAGGAGGGGAGAGAAGAGGAAGAGGAGCGGAAGGAAAGUGAAGAGCGUCAGCGGCCCACCGAAGAGGAGGAGACUCAAGCUGGCCGACGAAUGGCAAAUGGCAUAGGUGGCAACCAAGAGGAGGACGAGGCGGAGGACGAGGACGAGGGAGGAGAUGAGGGGGCGAAUCAAGCACUCUUGGACACUUUCAGCUCCAACUUUGAGACGACUGUAGAACAGGCCGACGCAGAAGUGGAGGAAGAAGAAGAAGAGGUGCCGAAGGAGGGAGACGGGAGAGAGAACCAGGACAGUUUCAGCUCGACCUUUGAGCAGAUCGUUGAGCAGGCCGACGUCCAGGCGGAGGAAGAGGAGGAGGAGGAGGAGGAGAAGUGCAGGGUGGACAACAAAGACGGCUUCAGCUCCACGUUCGAGCGCAUCGUGGAAUCGGCACUGCUGAGGGGCGGGACCUGCUACAGCAGCCUGGACUCUCUGGACGUGCUGUCGCUCACGGACGAGACGGACAGCUGCGUGAGCUUCGAGGCGCCACUGACGCCGCUCAUCCAGCAGAGGGCGCUGUUCCAGGGCCCCGAACCCCUGGAGCUGGAGCUGGCGACCGUUCAGGAGCUGGAAGGGGCCGAGGCCGGACCGGACUCCCCGGGUGACCCCACAGGCGGAGAGAGCGACGUCCGUGAAGCCGCAGCUGUGGCCGGAGUGGGCGGAAGCCCGCUGAGGACGACCAUACCAGGAAGCAGGUCGGAGUUUGUGCUGAGCCAAGCCAGACGCUGGGCCGUCCCUAACGGAUACCAUGGAGCCACGGAGGGUUGCGGAGCCAUGAUCAACUCUGUCAGCGAUGCCAACCUCACAGACGUGCCGUCUGACUCGGAGGAGUGCGAUUUGGGCAGUCUGGAGCGCUGUGAGCGCGGCAGCACCGACACGCUGGCCAAUGGCUGCCGAGCCGACAUGGAGGCCGCCAAGAGGCUGGCGAAGCGCCUGUAUCACCUCGAGGGCUUCAAGCGCUGCGAUGUGGCCAGACACCUGGGCAAGAACAACGAGUUCAGCCAGCUGGUGGCGUCGGAGUACCUGAGCUUCUUCAAUUUCUCCGGCCUGUCGCUGGACCGAGCCCUAAGGAGCUUCUUGAAGGCCUUCCCCCUAAUGGGAGAGACCCAGGAGAGAGAGAGGAUCCUUGUGCAUUUCUCCCGACGCUUCUGCCACUGCAACCCGCGGACGCUCAACACCGAGGGCCAGAGCCGCGAUCACCACGGCGAUGACCACGGCGAUGACCACGGCGAUGACCACGGCGAUGACCACGGCGAUGACCACGACGAUGGAGCCCACACGUUAACCUGCGCCCUCAUGCUGCUCAACACCGAUCUGCACGGACAUAACAUUGGGAAGAAGAUGUCUAGCCAACAGUUCAUCAGUAAUCUGGAUGGACUUAACAACGGCAAAGACUACCCUAAAGAGUUAUUAAAGGUCUUGUAUAACUCCAUCAAGAAUGAGAAGCUGGAGUGGGCAGUUGAGGAGGAGGAGCUGAGGAAGAGUCUGUCAGAGCUGGUGGAGGAGCAGUGCGAGGGCGGGAGUAAGCGCGUUGCCAGGGUGACGGACGGCAGUAACCCCUUCAUCACCAUUCCCAUUCUCUUGAAUGCUGUCACCUACAAACAUGGAGUGCUGACCCGCAAGAGCCACGCUGACAUGGACGGCAAACGCACCCCGAGGGGUCGGCGCGGUUGGAAGAAGUUCUAUGCGGUACUAAAGGGGAUGAUCUUGUAUCUCCAGAAGGAUGAGUACAAGCCCGACGCUGACAUUUCAGAGGUGGACCUGAAGAACGCGGUGCGGAUCAACCACGCUUUAGCCACUCGGGCCACCGACUACAGCAAGAGAGCCAACGUGCUGAAGCUGAAGACCUCUGACUGGAGAGUCUUUCUGCUGCACGCCUCUAGUGAGGAGGAGAUGUUGUCUUGGAUCUUCCGGAUAAACCUGGUGGCGGCGCUGUUCUCCGCUCCGGCGUUCCCCGCCGCCAUCGGCUCCAUGAAGAAAUUCUUUCGACCCAUCUUGCCGUCUUCAUCCACCAGGCUGAAACAGGAGGAGCAGCUGCUGAGUCACGAGAACAAGCUGAAGCAGAUGAGCCUGGAGCUGGAGGAGCACCGCAAAAGCUCGCCCUCAGCCGACCCCAAAAGCCGCGAGUCGGAGGAGUACCGGCUCAAAGAGCACUACCUCACGUACGAGAAGGCUCGCUAUGAGACGUACAUCAGCCUCCUGCAGGCCAAAAUCCGCGCAGAAACCGACGACCUCGAGAAGAUUGAGGCCAGCGUGAUGGGCGGCCUCAUCAUGGAGGGGGGCCUGGCCGGCCGCGAGUGCCACAUCCGCAAGACGCAGUCCUCGCCGUCCAUCAGUCAGGCUCAGGGCGGGCUGAACGGGAGGGCCGCUGGAUGCACCGCCCCGGGGCCGAGGAGCUGAGGGGGGCAACUCCCCUCUAAGCCAAACCAGCUUCUUUCUGGGCCUUUUCUGUUAAAGUAUUUUGUGUUGUGGGCCCCCCGCGCUCCUCCUGUUGUACUUACAGCAACAAACGGGGGUAAUGUGUCCCUCCUUCCCAGAAUGCACCUGCCCUGGUGAUAGGUUCCUGUCUUUGAGCAAUAGAUGAAGAGGACCAACAGCCCGUGCUUGAUACCCAACAAGUGACCCUGCCUAACCCCGGUCCUUUGAACUUUAACCAUUGCACAUUAAGAAUGAUCAUAACUGUGAUCACUAUUUAUGACAUCAUCAGUAUUAUUUGGAAAUGAGAGCGAUGUGGUUGUCUUUACAUUAAAUUAGUUGUUAGUUACGAGCAGAGCUUUGAGUGAUUAAUAAUGAAUUUGUUUAAAGGGCCGGACGGAGAACCAAGAGGAGGGACGGGUUGUGGCUGUCUUCUCUGUCCCGUCCUCGUCCUGCAGAAGGAGAUGGUACUACUGUAGCAUUUGGGCCUUUUCUUUUCUCCCUCAUCACAUGUUUGCGCACACAGCCGAGUAUGGACCUACGUUGUGGUGUGUGACGAGACAACAUAUCUGUCCCAGAGUUACAAAAAAACUCUCAAAAGAACUUCUCAGAAGGAUCGAUGGAUCCCUGCCAUGUAUAGCAUAUUUAUUUAUUUAUUUAAUUCUCCACACCUUUAUUUGCCCCGGGGCGGGUUUCCACUGAGCACGCUCGCUCUUCCCCCCCCGCCCCCCGCCCGGCAGUUUGCCAAUCGGCGACGGUGCGGUGGCGUACAUUUGUAAGCGUGAAGGAGCUGCCGGGUGGAGCGAGCGUGUUUUCGACUGUGCACCGCCAGAGGAGCUGGAGGUUGAGUGCCUUACUCAAGGGCACCUUGACUCUAGCUGUUGAGGGAAUUACAGAGUCAGCCAGAGAGAUCACAAGUCUGUGAUUUUUAAUCCGCCGCUAGCCUAAAUACUGACACGCAUUCGCCCCCCCCCCCCCCCCCCGUCCGCCCUUCUAGCGAGUCCAAACCGAACGGAGGAGGAAGACGGUAUGUGACUGAAUGACACCCCACAAGCUCCUCCGCCCGCACCGCGGCAGAGUCAAGAUGUGAUUGGGUGUGAGGCUUCUAAAGGUGCAGGUAAAGGUCAGAGGAGGAAGGUGUCACCGUAUGAGCGGGCGUCACUUGUGCAUUAAAUGCUUGCUGGUUUUUAGUUGCUGCAGUUGUGUUGUCGAAGCUUUAGGCAACAGGAAGAAGCAAAUAUAGCGACGUCAUUGUUUUUCCGUGAAGACUUCCUAUUUGUUGAGAGAACCAAUCCGAGGCAUUCUGCUGAGUAAGACGACACAAUAAGGGGCGGGGCUCUUCACAGCAUCUUCAUCCCAGAGGCAGAAAUGAUCCUGUGUAACACAAAACAAACAACCUUUACCUUUUAACACAGCAAAUCUCUGUCAGUUCUGGUUUAGAUCACGUUAACAUGGACGUGCUGCAUGCUUAGCCCCGUCUUGGACAUUUACUUCCAUUUGAGGACGUUUUGGGGAGAGUAGGCCUUCGUCAGAAAGAGACAGGCUGAUUGGAGAGUGUGGCCGCAGGACUUAAGAAGGAGAGACUGGUUUGGUUUUCUCUGCCAGCUAGUAACAGGCAACAGACUCAUCCGGGGACACACAUGGGAGGGAGGACCUGCGUUUCGUCUGGACGUGGGGGUAGAGUGGCGGUACCGCUUUCUGAGCACCUUAAUUGAUCCUAAACCCACACACACACACGCACACCAUAUCUCUUUCUUUGUAAUUUGCUUAUAUGACACAACUGUAGAUCAGUGAGCUUAGCGACCCCUCACGUCAACAGAACCAGAGCCGUGGACAUCGACAGCAUCUUUGGCUCACGCCUCUUGUUGUAUCAAAUAAAUAGUGACAAACGGGUUCUCAGAUCCUGUUUGGGGACUUGGCUGGAAACCUGGAAUCACAGCUGGACUCCUGGAUCCCUCUUCAGACCAAAAUGCCAAAAGUGGAGCUGUGUUUUCAGAGAGGAAGUACGGUUUUAUAAAGCUGUGUCGUUAUGACGAAUAACUGCUUUCUUACAGAUAGACGUAUAGUCACUUUGGCUGUUGUGCUAACCAUUGGUUCCCAAUGUUUUAGGGUAGGCCUGUGCUGUUCUAUAGGAUCGUGGCAACGAAAAAGUAAAUAGUUGAUUGUUAUGUUUUAUUUAAAAAAUUACAACUUCGGCACCUUGAUGUCAGCAUUGGAUCCGUCUUUUAGUUUGUUUUGUUUGUAUAUCGGAACUGUUUUUUGACAGGAUGCUUAUACUAUGUAAAGAACAUAUUUACUGAAUAUUUAGUCUGUGCUUCAUAAAGUAAGCUUUUAUACAGA